GUGUCGCGACGUCCAUGUCGCACCGCUACCGAACCUAGAACACACGCUUGUUUCACCGUGCUCUUAUUUGUAAACAAUACGAGCUUAAACAUGAAUUAUAUUUAAUAAAUAAUAACUAACGCUUUGAGAAUACCAGUGAUAAGUUUUGACAAAAUGCAAGUGGUUGCUGCAACAGUUUUUGUGUUUGCGCUAUUUCAAGCACUCACGCAUGGCGAGGAAUUUGGCUACGAUGGCAAUAUUGGUCCAGAAUAUUGGGGCGAGAGAUAUAGAGAGUGCGCUGGUAAACAUCAAAGUCCGAUCAACAUCAACGUACUCCGAGUGAAGCAAGUUACGUUACCUGACCUCGUCCUCGUAGGCUUCGACGACUCCAUUGACGACGUCCACGUCACCAACAAUGGACACACAGUUCUGAUCGAGGUGCAGAAUGAACCACAUCCGCGAGUUAGAGGGGGACCACUCGACGGAGACUACAUAUUUAGUCAAAUGCACUUUCAUUGGGGAGACAAUGACACCUUCGGUUCUGAGGACAAGAUCAACCAUAGAAGUUUCCCUAUGGAAUUGCACAUGGUGUUCUUCAAAGAGGAGUAUCAAUCAGCUGCGGAAGCUGUGAAACAUUCAGAUGGCCUGACAGUGCUUGCAUUCUUCUACGAGUUGGAUCGCCACCAGCACCCUGCUUAUGACGAUAUAACAUCAGCACUAGUAAACGUCACGGAACCUCAUACUAGUGUGGUGAUGAGUCACCCGUUCUCGUUCCUCAACAUCUUGCCUUAUGACCUCAAGAGGUACUUCACUUACAAAGGCUCGCUUACCACUCCACCCUGCUCCGAAGUCGUCAUCUGGCUAGAUUUCGAACAACCCAUCAGGCUUACACAUGGACAGAUAGAAGCCUUCAGAGAGAUAAGAUCAGCGCAUGGGAAAAUAACACAUAACUUCAGGCCGAUACAGCCAAUCGGCGACAGAGUAGUGUUCUAUAAUAUUGACAAUAAUUACUAUAUUUACAAUGAGAUUGACGAACGUGAAGAAACUACGACUGGAAAGCCAUCGAAAAGAAAAAAGGGUCGCAGCAGCGCUAACCGAUUAGUUCCUACAAUUGUAUACACAAUGACUUUUACUAUAUUGCUGUUAUUUAGCUUGUGAUAAUUUGUGAAUAUCUGUGUAUAAUCAACUAACAGUAAUAUUUUCUUAGAACUUGUAUUAGUCUAAUAGAAUUUUGCUACUUAAGAUGUCCUUAAUUUAAUAUCUGUUGUAUGAAUGUGAAUGAAAAAAUACUUGUAUAGAGUAACAUCUAAUUUAUAAUAUCAUUUAAUUAAGUACAUCCUAUUUUGUGUAGUUACUUUUAUAUUUCUAAUUGCAAGUAGGAUAAUAGGAUUAGAUGAAUGAAUGUAUUGGUAUUCUUUGCUGACAUCUAUAUGCUUCCCCGAUGGAAAUAUUCAAAGCACAUAAUACAUUAACAGUGAAAUGAGAAACUUAGUAAAUUUUGUUGGCCAGUCAUCACACCAAAAUGUAUUCUAACUUCUCUGUAAUAAGUAACAAAUUACCAGCAGCAAAGUUAAACCAUUACUAAUUUGUUGUCUCCUAAUUAAGUUAAUCAUUAGACAAAAUUUACAAAACAUGAUGACUGACUUAGUUAAUUUUUUGUUUCUAACAAAGAAUAUACAAAAUGUACACUAUUUAUUGUAUACUGUGAUAUUAAACUAAUUGAUAGUGUGGAAUUGAAAUUCUGUGCAAUAAAUUUCACCUACAAAACUUAAAACUGUUUUCUUUUA